GAGAGUGGAAAUAUAAGGAUAACGGCAAAAAAAGCGAACCCCUCCACAUGCCCGGGUCUUUGGAUAUCUCUCUUUAGAUUCCGCUGCAAGCCAACAAGUGGAUGUUAUUCUGGUUUUGUCUGGGAUUUUUUUCCCUCCCUUGUCCUCUCUCUCUCUUUUUAAAAAUAACAACUCCUCUCACUCACAAGAAGACGACGAAGCAUCCCCACGCUCCUCUCGCCUCCUGGACAAGCGGGGCGGAGGGCGACCCAAAAGCGCAGGGGGAGCGCAAGGACAGCGAUCGGCGGAGCUGGCGGCUGACUAUGGAAGAGCAGACGGACAGUAAAAGUCAGCGAGACUCUGCUCCCCUUCCCGCCGGCAACAGCCACAGCCUCAGCAGCCUCAGCACCAGCACCAGCACCAGCGGCGGCAGCAGCGAUGGGGAGAGCGUCCCGGUGUCGCCCAGCAGCCUCGCUCCCUUGUCUCCCGGCGCGCCUUGCCUCGUGUCGCUGCCCCAUCAUCCCCCACCACCACCCGCACCACCCGCACCACCAUCUACAGCCGCCGUCGCAGCACAGCAGCCACGGCCGCCGCCGCCGCCCCAUCGCACCACCAACUUUUUCAUCGACAACAUCCUGAGGCCGGACUUUGGCUGCAAGAAAGAGCAGCUCUUGAUCCUCGCCGGGACUGCGGGAGGAGGAGGAGGAGGUGGCGGCGGCGGCGGCGGCGGGCGGGAUAGAGACCUAGAUCGCGCCGCCAGCUCAGGUAGAGAAAAUGUCAACCCACUGCUCGGCCGAGCCCCCAACCCGGCCUCCUCCGCCCUCCUUAGCGCGGACUCGCACGGGAACCCCGACAGCUCCUCCACCGCGGCCUCCAAAGCCAGCCCCGCCACGGCGGCAGCAGCAGCGGUAGGGACGGCCAAGCCCCCCUCCAUCUCCUCCUCCUCCUCCAUCUCCUCCUCCUCCUCCUCUUCCUCUUCCUCCUCCUCCUGCUCGGAAGGGAGUGGAACUGCCCCGGCGAAGUAUGGGGAGCACGCCAACCCCGCCAUCCUCCUCAUGGGCUCCAAUAAUGGAGGAGCUGUUGCCAAGAGCGAUUGUCAACAGCCGCUGGUUUGGCCUGCCUGGGUUUACUGCACUAGGUAUUCAGACAGACCAUCCUCGGGUCCCCGCACGAGGAAGCUGAAGAAGAAGAAGAACGAGAAGGAGGACAAGAGGCCUCGGACGGCGUUCACGGCGGAGCAACUCCAAAGACUCAAGGCGGAAUUCCAGGCGAACCGCUACAUUACCGAGCAGAGGCGGCAAACUUUGGCCCAGGAGCUGAGCCUCAACGAGUCGCAGAUCAAAAUCUGGUUCCAGAACAAGCGAGCCAAGAUCAAGAAGGCCACCGGCAUCAAGAACGGCCUGGCCCUCCACCUCAUGGCCCAGGGACUCUACAACCACUCCACCACCACGGUGCAAGACAAAGAGGACAGCGAGUAAGCGAGGAGGACGAGGGCCCUGCGGGGCCCCCCAUCCCCUC